AACUUGAACCAGUGCUACAAAAGUUGUCCAGCGUAAAACAAGUAGUUUUUUUUUAAACGGGUUCUUAAAAUGGCUAGUAAAAUCAUUAUUUUUGAUUUAGAAACCAGCGGUUUUCGCAGAGACGAUGAUAUUCUGCAGAUUUCAGCUCUGUAUCCCCGUACGAAUUGGAUUUUUAAUAAUUACAUUACUCCUUCAAAACCAGUUUCGCCACAGGCUUCACGAGUUAAUGGAUUAGAAGCUUUCGGAAAUAAUUUAUUUCUACACGGGGAUAGAGUUAACACUGUUUCUGCCUCAAGGGCUGUCAAGUCCUUCAUAUACUUUCUCGGAAGAUUCAAUGGUCCAGUAAUUUUGUUGGCUCACAAUUGUUUCAGUUUUGAUUGCCCGAGGCUAAUCAGACUCGUAUCAGAAGUUGGCAUGCUCGACCGGUUCAAGGCAGUUGUACAAGGCUUUGCAGAUUCUCUGCUAAUAUUCAAGGAAAAACUGCCGUGUAUGGUCCAGGAGAGAAGGAGAUUUUCAAUCAAAGCCCUGGCCGCAAUAUUUUUAGAUAAUUUUGAUUAUGGUUCACUGCAUAAUGCCGUGAAUGACGUGAAAACCUUAAGCGAACUGAUUAAUGCAAUUGGCGUUGACAAGAACACUAUUAUAAGAAAUAGUCGCAACAUUUCGAAUAUUUUAAAAGAGAUGAAAAGAAGGGAGAUUAUAAAAGAUAAUCGAUGUUCUUUAAGCGAGUAUGAGGGAACAACGUCCAAUUAUAUUUUGAUGAAAAUGGCCAAAAAUGGCAUUAACAAAGAAAUAUUGCUCGAUACUUUCGAUGAAGAAGGUGAAGAUGGGAUAAUGAGGCUUUUCACGGAAUAUGUGAACGGGAAACCUCGAGUAACCAAUAGUCGAAGACUUGUGCAUAGAUUUUUAAACUAUCAUUUUUAAGAAAAAAAAUUAAUU